CCCACCCCCCCCCCACCCCCCGCGGUCGGAGGCGGGGACGAGGGCGGUGAAAAUAUCCGUGUCCGUUCCUUAGGGUUUCAAGGGUUCUAUUUGGACAUGGCGGGAAUUUGUUUCGAGGCGGAGGCUUCGGCCCCGGCCGCCUCUUGCGAGCCCAGCCCGCGCACGGCGAGGCGGCGGAGGUUGGAUAUCCGGCGGUUCAGAUUCAUCACCGGCGCGGAGUCGUCGAGGGCGCUGAACGAGGAGUUCAAGCGGAAGAGGCGGAGGUUGGCCUGCUCCGUCUCCCCUCUGGAGGUGCUGCAGAAGGGUUUCGGCAGCGAAGAGGAAGGCGCGGGUCCGGGACUUCCGGGGGCGAGCUCGUUGGAAUCGGGGCCCUCCGAUCGGUGCCCGAGGUACGGGGUGACCUCCGUAUGCGGCCGGAGGAAGGACAUGGAGGACGCCGUCUCUGUCCGGCCGGAUUUCCUCCGGCUCUUUAGCGGGGACUCCGAAGAACACCAUUUCUUCGGUGUCUUCGACGGCCAUGGAUGCUCGCAUGUGGCCGUAUCGUGUAAGGACCUGAUGCACGGGUUGGUGGCGGAGGAGGUGGAGAGGGUGAGAUCGGGUCCACCGCCACCGGCCGAGGAGUGGAGGGAGGUGAUGGAGCGGAGCUUCUCGCGGAUGGACGCGGCGGUGGUGAGGUGGGGCGGUGCGCCGCAGAACGCCAGCUGCCGGUGCGAGAUGCAGACGCCCAAGUGCGAACACGUGGGCUCCACCGCGGUGGUAGCAGUGGUGGGCCCCGACCAUAUCGUUGUCGCUAACUGCGGCGACUCGCGGGCCGUUCUCAGCCGGAACGGCGUCCCCAUCCCCCUCUCCUCCGACCACAAGCCGGACAGGCCGGACGAGCUGGAGCGGAUCCAGGCGGCGGGGGGGCGGGUGAUCUACUGGGACGGGGCGAGGGUUCUCGGGGUGCUGGCCAUGUCCCGAGCCAUCGGGGAUGGUUAUCUGAAGCCAUAUGUGAUAUCGGAUCCGGAGGUGACGGUGACUGAGAGGGAGGAGGGGGACGAGUGCCUGAUACUGGCCAGCGACGGGCUGUGGGACGUGGUCACCAACAAGAUGGCGUGCGACAUCGCUCGGAUGUGCCUCAGCGCAGCACCGGCGGAGGGGGGGAGCGGGUCGGACAAAGCCUGCUCCGACGCCGCAAUGCUGCUGACCAAGCUGGCGCUGGCGAGGCAGAGCGCCGACAACGUCAGCGUGGUCAUCAUCGAUCUCAGGCGGAAGAGGUGACGGCUUAGGCCUAAAAAGUUUAGGUUGAAACGGCUUCAAAAAAGGAGUGUCAUUGUUCGAACUUCGUUUUUCUUUUUCUUUUUCUUCUUUCUUCUUUUUUUGGAUAUUAGUAUCGCCAUGGGGAUGGAGGGGGGGGUUGGAAAAAAAAGGUCCUGAUGAAUUGAGAGAUAAAGAAAGACGGAUAUGAAAAUUUCUUUUUUCUGCCCAAGUUUGAUAAGAUAAUUAAUGUCCAAAUGCAAGAAGCCAUAGUUUUCUAUUCCAUCCCUAUUCUUUUCCCCCUUCAAGAUGAACGUAUGAGCAUACGAUAUUCUGUUUUCGAUACGGGAAGGUUCGGAGACUUGGAAGGCAUAUCUAGUCGAUUUGGAGCUGCUUAUCGUUGUACGCCACGGAUCGUUUGUAUCAGGAGCCUGAGGAACUGCUGCGAUGUUUGAAAUGGAAAAAAAUGUUU